ACUUAUUGUUGCAAUGGAAAUAAUAAGUUAUUCUUUAUACCACAUUUAUAACUAUGACGAUCUCUUGUAACUUUAGAAAGCUUCGCCGUAGGCUCAGAUCCAGAAAGGACGGAAAAGGCGGAAUGAAACUUGACGCAAAUUCACCACUACCAUCAUUGUUGUCGUUGGUGGACAUUGAAACUUCCGAUACAUCUGGCGAUAUGGUCACCACAAAUUCACUAGCUGCUCAGUUUGAGAAGCGACGCGUUGUAUUGAUACUUCCCGAGAAACCCAAAAAGAGUCCCGAAUCUAUCAGCGAAGCAUUCAAAAUGGAUUCGUCACCUCCAGCGCCAACGAGACCCCUCACAUCCCGCCCACAUCGGCCAGCACAUUUGAAACUCACUAACUUAAAUCAACCAAGUAGCUUGUCGUCAAGUAGGUUACAGGGCAACUGUACUGCAAUUGAAACAUUAUCUGAAUGUGAACCACACCCUCCACCUGUGAGCCCCACAUCUAAAAUACUACGCAGAUGCGAAUCUUCGCAAGCCAGCGUAUUUCUCGAGUCACCGGUACAAUUCACAAACAACGAUUUGACACCAAAGAGUUGUACAUGGCAUCACGUAAAUGCACUCCAGAAAGAAAACUCUCACUUGGAAGUACCGAGACCCCAUACCAUGCACAGGCUACAAAAAAAUACUGAGAAGUCUGAGUCGCGCAAAAGAUCAUUUAGGAAUACAAUGCGAGUACAUUUCGACUCAGAACAACACGAGUCUACGACAUAUGGUCGGGAUUAUGAUCGAAGACCAUACAUAGCCGAGGAUAUCGCACAACUGCAAGUAUAUCACGAAGUAAUGCAAUUUAAACUUACAGAAAUGAAUAUACAUCCCGCUUCCGUACGCAACGUAAAUUUUCAUCUAGCAGCCACAACCACAGAUAAUAGAAUCCGCAUAAUCCAGACGCUGGAAAGCAUGCUGAUAAACUAUCAUAUUUCCAAGGAUAACAAGGCGGAUGAUUGCAAUGGCUUGGUGAUGGUCGACAGUUUAGAGCUACUCAGAAAUAAAAGAGGAAUCGACUAUGGAAUUCGCGAGUUUAAUGUAGAAUCGGAGCUAGCUGGUGAGCUUCAAUAGGUAAAUUAUAAACUGACAAAUGGGAACAAAAGACAGCUAGAGACGGAAUAAAUCAGCCCAAGAUAUAACGC